AUGUGUAUGGAACAUGGAAGUUGAUCUAUACAUGGAACAUUUUUGUGUUCGGUCGGUUCAAAUCUGACGUCUGUUAAUUAGUGAAAUUGGUGGUUUACGGUUGUUAUACAUUUUAUUAUUGUAAAUGUGUUUCUUCAAUUUUUAAUAUUAAAAAUAUAUGAUAGGUAAUAUAAGUGAGUUUUUAUUUGGUGAAUCGUCAAACACGUGAAUAUAUAUUUAUGUAGAUGAUUUUUUAUCAAUAAUAUGGCAAAACGGCAAAGUACCCUCUUCAACUAUUUUUCAUCGCCAAAACAAACAUGUAAAAAAGAACAACCGAUGAAAAAAGAUGUUCCUAAAACUGAAGAUGAUGAUGAAGUUAUUGUAUCAUUUUCCAAAAAGAGAAAUAGGCAAAUAAUAGAAGAUUCAUCUGAUAGUGAAAAUGAAAAGCCACCAACUCACAAAAAACUUCAUCUUUCAAAUAACGAAUCAGAAACUGGAAAUUUUGCUUUAAACAAAAGUAAUCCAAUCAUUUCUAAAAUGGGGGAUUCUGAUGUAGAAAAUGGGGAAUCAAAAAAGAACAUGAAAUCUUUUUCAUUCAAGAAAGAAGUUCAAAACCUUCCUAAUCCAACAGAGUUUACAUGUACCACAAUAACAUCUGAGAUUAAGGACAUCCACUCAAAUUGGCUGCAUACAACAUUGGAUUUUCUUCAACCAAAGAGAAUUAUGGAUAGUAACAAAAGAAAACCCAAUCAUCCCAAUUAUGAUUCAAAAACAUUGUUUGUUCCGGAAAGCUAUUUGAAUAGUGUAACUCCUGCUAUGAGACAAUGGUGGGUUUUGAAAAGUCAACACUUCGAUUCAAUUCUAUUUUUUAAAGUUGGAAAGUUUUAUGAACUUUAUCACAUGGAUGCUGUAACUGGCGUAACUCAGCUUGGACUUUCCUAUAUGAAGGGAGAUUUUGCACAUUCUGGAUUCCCAGAAAGUGCUUAUGGUAAAAUGGCAAAUCUUCUGAUAGAUAAAGGAUAUAAAGUUGCAAGAGUCGAACAAACUGAGACUCCUGAAAUGCUAGCAGAACGAUGUAAAAAUACGAAAUUGUUGACUAAGUUUGAUAAGGUUACAAAUAGAGAAAUUUGUCAAAUUACAUCAAAAGCUACUUGUAUAUAUACUCCUCAGAUGCCAGAAUGGUCAAAUGAAUUACCAUAUUAUCUAUAUGCUUUGUGCAUGAAGGAAUUUUCUUCUGAUAAAAUUCAAAUUGGAGUAUGUUUUGUAGAAACUUCAAUAAGUGUAUUUCGCUUAUCAGAGUUUGAAGAUGAUAAACACUUUUCAAGAUUACUGUCUUUAUUUGCAGAAUACCCCCCUACCCUAAUUUUAAUUGAAAAGGGAGGACUCAAUAAACCGCUCAAUAAUUUAUUGAAUUCACAUUUCAAGGAUAUUAAGAAAGAAUUUUUAAUUCCAAAUACUCAAUUUCUGACUGCAUCAAAUACAUUGGAAACUCUUUUAUCAGAGUGUUAUUUCAGAAACAAGGAAGGACAAUUUCAUUGGCCUCUGUUUUUUAAAACCAUCGCUAAUGAUUGUGUAGCCAAACCUAACUGUGAACUAACAACCAGAUGCCUUGGCGCUUGUAUGUGGUAUUUAAAAAAUUCUAAACUAGAUAUACAAACGUUGUCAUUACAAAAAUUUGAAUGGUAUGAUCCAUUGGAAUAUGCGAUGAAUAAAAAAAAACAACAAGAUUAUUUAGUCUUAGAUGCUAUUACGAUUGACAAUUUGGAAUUACUUGGAACUACAGGAUCACUAAAACAAGUGUUAGAUCACUGUGAAACGGCUUUUGGUAAAAGGUUACUGGUUAGGUGGAUUUGCAGACCAUUGUGUAAUUCUUUGAAGAUUGAAGAAAGACAAAAUGCAAUUAAAUAUUUAGUGGAUAACAGCUCCUUGCUCAAUAAUACUCGAAUGGUACUUAAAGGAAUGCCCGAUUUGGAACGUUUUCUAAUGAAAAUACACACAUAUGGUAACAAGUUUUUGUCAACAAACCAUCCAGAUAGUAGAGCUGUGUUAUAUGAGAAUAACACUUAUUCUAGAAAUAAAAUCAAAGAUUUUCUAAAGACUUUAAAAGCUUUUGAAACAUCAUAUGAAAUAAUAGAUUUAUUCCAGGGAUGUGAAAAUAGGCUGUUGAGAAAAUUAACUCAAUUAGAACCAAAUGGAGUAUAUCCGGAUAUCAUGGAAACCAUUUCAUAUUUCACAAAUGCAUUUGAUCAACAACAAGCUGAAAAAGAUGGAAAAAUAAUUCCCAAAACAGGUGUGAUAGAUGAAUAUGAUGAGAUCGAAGUCAUUAUAGAAAAUUUGAAAAAAAAAUUGGAUAAUUACUUGAAUGAACAAUCUAAAUUCUUUGGUUGUAAUGUAACAUAUGUUGGUACAGAUAAGAAACGGUAUCAAUUGGAAGUUCCUGAAAUUAAAAGUAAUAAAGCAACUGAUGAGUAUAGACUAGAAGGUGCUAAGAAAGGAGCAAAACCUGUCAAGAGAUUCACUACUGCAACAACAAGGGACUUAUUAUCACAGAUGAUAGAUGCAGAGUCAACUAAGGAGAAAGUUAUUCUUGAUCUAAGCAGAAAAAUUUUUGAAAAAUUUAAUGAUAAGAGAGACAAAUUUGAUACAGUAAUUCAGUGCUUGACAAUAUUAGAUGUUUUAUGCUCUCUAGCAGAGUAUGCUAGAACAUAUUCAUUCGAAAUUUGUUUGCCAACAAUUUUACCUUUUGAUGAUCAGCCCAAGCUACUAAUUGAAAAUGGUAGACAUCCAGUUGCCCAAAAUCUUGAAAAUUAUAUUCCAAAUGAUACAAAAAUGGGAGUGAAUGAAUUGCCUAGUUUAUUAAUAAUCACGGGUCCUAAUAUGGGUGGAAAAUCAACAUUGAUGAGACAAAUUGCUAUUAUUUCUAUUAUGGCCCAAAUUGGGAGUUUUGUACCAGCAUCCAAAUGUGAACUUACUCUUAUAGAUCGAAUUUUUACUCGCCUUGGUGCUCAAGAUGAUAUGAAAAACUCUCAAUCUACAUUUUAUGUGGAACUUUCAGAAGCAGCUAGUAUAUUACAAUAUGCUAGCCAACAUUCUUUAUUGAUUAUUGAUGAAUUAGGGCGAGGAACUUCUACACAUGAUGGAAAUGCUAUAGCAACCAGCUAUGUAAAUAAAUUAAUCCGACUUAAAUGCCGAACUGCAUUUUCUACUCACUAUCAUUCUCUUGUUGAUAAUUUUCUCGACUGUUCAGAUGUGCAAUUAGGACAUAUGGCUUGUCUAAUUGAAAGUGAUCCAGAUUCGACUAUUGAGAAUGUAACUUUCCUUUACAAGUUGGCAACCGGCAGAUGUCCCAAAUCUUAUGGUUUUAAUGCUGCGAGACUUGCAGGACUUGAACGUCAAGUAAUUAUUGAUGCUAUGAAAGUAGCCAAAACCUUGGAAGAACAGAGUUAUUUGCAGAAUGUUAUUCAAGCUGUGAUGACCUCUGAAAAUUUGUCAGAAAUUCGACAAAUAUUAAAAUCCCUACUUAUUAUAAAUGAGUGAUUUAUAGUUUUUUCGAUGCUCUCAAUCUUUUUUACUUGAUGUAUUUAUUAUAAAUGUUAGUAUGUCAUAAAAUAAAAGUUGAGAAUCAA